AUGGAUCAUUUUAUAAAAGACUUAAGAUUAUUAGCUAAACCGUGCAAUUUUGGAACUCAAGAAGAUAGUCUUAUAAGAGAUAGAAUAAUUUUAGGGGUCCAAGAUCAUAAUUUGCAAGAAAAACUGUUGGGAAUAAAUAAUUUAAAUCUGGAAACUGCAGAAAGCACUUGUAGAACAACAGAAGCUACUAAGCUUCAAGCAAAAGAUUUAAACAAGGAAGAAGUGAAUUUAAUUCGAAGAAGAGGAUACAGUCAAGGUAACCCUAGUACUAGCCAAGCUAAGUGUGGACUGGAAGGACAUUUUGCUGUAGGAUGCAAAACAGGAUACAAUAAAAAAGAUAACUUUAGUAACACUAAGAUAAAUAAGAACAAAGGUAAAUAUUUUAACAGUCACAAUAGAAAUAUAAAUAGUAAUCAACAUGUAAAUGUUGUUGAUGAAAAUGAUUCGAGUGAUGAAGAUUUUGUUAUUAACAAUCUAACUGUAUUCAACAUUUAUGAGAAUGAUAAUUCAGAACUUGAAAAAAUUUGGACAGAAAAUGUAUGUAUUGAUAAUAGUGUAAUUAAGUUUAAGGUUGAUUCUGGAGCUCAAUGUAAUGUACUUCCAAUAAGUUAUAUAAAAAAAUUAGAAAGGGAGAAUGACAUAAUUUAUUCAGAGCAAAGUAUUAUAGCCUAUGGCGACAAUAAAAUCAGAGUUGUAGGAAGUAUAAUCUUAAAAUGUUUAAUUAAAAAUAAUAUUCAAAAUGUAAAAUUCUUGGUUGUAGACUUACGAGGCAAACCUAUUCUUGGUUUAAAAACCUGUGUAAAAUUAAAUAUAAUAUGCAAGCUGGAUGAAGUUAACUUAAAUAAUAAAAGAGAUCCUAAAGAAAAUUUCAUUAAUCAGAAUAAAAAGUUGUUUGAAGGUACUGGUAAAGUUCCGUUUAAAUAUAGGAUUUUGUUAAAAGAGGGUUACAAAUCAGUUGUAAGUAAUUGCAGAAGAGUCGCUGAAAAAAUUAAAGGAAAGCUAAAAAAUACUUUGGAUGAGUUAGUAGACAAAGAGAUAAUUGAGAAGGUCGAUGAACCUUCAGAAUGGAAAUCUAUAGAAGGUUAGGGUCCUAUGGAAAGAGUUGUGCUUUUUGAACUGUUUCCAAGUACCAAAAUGAUCAAUUCUGAUGUUUACUAUCAACAACUAAUGAUAUUGGAUAAAAGAAAUCAAAGAAAAAUGUCAAAUCGGAAACUAUCAAUGGUCUAUCAUGAAACUGGAAGAUCUUACACAUCUUUGGCGACUCGUAGCUAACUAUUGGAGCUUGGUUGUUCUGGCUCCAUCAGAUUACCAUUUAUUUCGAUGUUUGGACAAUUCUUUGAAUGGUUAAACUUUCACAAAUAACGAUGACCUUCAAUCGCACCUGGUUUAGUUUUUUGCUGAUAAGGAGCAGUAAUUUUAUAAACGCGGUAUUAUGAAGCUGAAAGAAGAUGUCAAAAAAAGUAAUUGAGGAAGAUGGAAGUAAGCUUCAGUUCUAAUCCUCAAAUGUUCCAGAAAUUCCUUCGAAAACAUUCAAACUUUGGCCGUUUUCAGUACUACUACGUGAAGUUGUGAAAAAUUGGUUAGGGAAAUUUUGCUCUAGGUGGAUAGGUCGGAAAGCAUCUGUCGUGAUUGGAUCAAGCAUCUUCAGAACAAAUCCUGAGCUGCAUCACUAGUUUUCUUUGGUUAAGUUGAACAGUAUAUAAAACUAAAAGAGUUGGUCAUACGGCAUAACAAACUGGUCACCAAGAUCGUGUGAUUUAGCCCCAAAAAAAUCAUUUUCUUUGAGAUUAUGUAAAGUUGUUAAUAAA